AUGUUCGAAACGGAGGGCAGAAGCAUGUCUCGGCUGUCGCUGACCCGGUCCCCGGUCUCUCCUCUGGCCGCUCAGGGCAUCCCUCUUCCCGCGCAGCUCACCAAGGCGAACGCUCCCGUGCACAUAGACGUGGGAGGGCACAUGUACACUAGCAGCCUGGCGACCCUCACCAAGUACCCUGACUCCAGAAUCAGUCGUCUGUUCAAUGGCACUGAGCCCAUCGUGUUGGACAGUUUGAAGCAGCAUUACUUCAUAGACCGGGAUGGGGAGAUAUUUCGCUACAUUCUCAGUUUCCUCAGGACUUGCAAACUGCUCCUUCCAGAAGACUUCAAGGACUUCAACCUGCUGUACGAAGAAGCACGUUACUACCAGCUCACCCCUAUGAUCAAGGAGCUGGAGCGCUGGAAGCAGGAUCGCGAGCAGCGGCGCAUGGCCCAGCCCUGCGACUGCCUGGUGGUGCGGGUCACACCGGACCUGGGAGAGAGGAUUGCUCUGAGUGGAGAGAAGGUCCUCAUCGAGGAAAUCUUCCCUGAGACCGGUGAUGUCAUGUGUAACUCUGUGAACGCUGGCUGGAACCAGGACCCCACACAUGUCAUCCGCUUCCCCCUGAACGGCUACUGUAGGCUGAACUCUGUGCAGGUCCUGGAGCGCCUCUUCCAGAAGGGCUUCAGCGUGGCGGCGUCCUGCGGCGGUGGAGUGGACUCAUCCCAGUUCAGCGAGUACGUUUUGUGUCGUGAAGACCGCCGGAGUCUGUGCAUCAACACCCCCAUCAGGAUAAAACAAGAACCUCUGGACUGA